AUGCAAGUGGCAUGUGAAAAUGUCAAAGUCCUCCUACUGUGGUGUGGAGUAGCCAUUGAAAAAUUCUCAAGCAAAUGCAAAUUGGCAGAUGAUGUUUCAGUGUGGAAAGCCUUGUCAGAUACACCUGCAUCAAUUGUGCUUAUAGUCUAUACAUUCAUUGCAAUGUGGUUUGUUGGGGGACUUACGGUGUUUCAUCUUUAUCUGAUUGGUACAAAUCAGACUACAUACAAGAAUUUCAGGUACCGAUAUGAUAGAAGAGCAAAUCCUUACAACAGAGGAGUAAUACAAAAUUUCAGAGAAAUAUUCUUUAAAAGCAUUCCACCAUCAAAAAACCAAUUUCAAGCUAUGGUACAUCAUGAAUCUGCACUACAUAAUUUUUCCUCCUCUGCUGUAAGGGAUAAUUUUCUUCGUCCUAAUAUGGGAAAAGGAGGUGUUGACCUCGAAAUAGGUGGGAAGCCCGCAUGGCUAACUGUUACUCCUAAAUCAUUGGCAGACUUGGAAGGGGGUUGCGUGGGCCUAUGGCAUGACAAAGGCUUUGAAAUUCCCAACUAA